AGCUGACAAUCCAUAUUCGUGGAAGAAAGAUGGCGACUGGAAACAGCGCUAUUCAAAACUCUACUCAUCAAGGCAGCUCAAACUGCCAAAGGUAGAAGAGCCGAGUCGCAUAUCGUUCAUGAACAAUGACUCGACACCGUACACCGCGCUGCUGGUGCGCCUGCGCGCGUACUCUGCGACCAAUGGCGGAGGAUCUGUAGUGUCGGAGUCGUCCAGCCACAGUCCGCGGUUGUCGGUGCUCUCGCCGCGCAGUGAGGAGUACUGCAGUACUGGGCCUGACUAUCAUGUAAAUGACCUGGGCGGCAACGAGACCCUGUUGCUGGACAUGGUGCGCGCACGCAGCAAAGAACUGGCGGAGGAGGCUCAGGACAAGACGCUGGACUUACCCAAAGACGACACCUCUGUUGACGAAGAUGAUACGAGCGAGGCCUGCAUCCAUGGACUGAGCAUGCGUAUGACGGAACGCAGCGUGUCGCGGUCCCGCGUGUCGCGCAUAUCCACGCGCCGCGACAUGGAUAUACCCUCGAUCCUGGCCUUCACCACCAAUGUCUCUGCACCGGUGCAUCUGGAAAUCCCAGCGUUUCAAAAGGUCAACGCCACGCCCCAAGUUGAAGAGAUUCCGCGCUGGUCCAUCCGUCGGUCUGUUUGUCCUGUCUGCUCACAGAAGUGGCGGGAUCGAAGCUCUAUUACCAACGUCAAAUAUUCUGGACUAAAGAAGAAUUCUUCAUCAGAGUUGCCGUCAGUCAUAGCCCCGGCACGUUUGCGAACUUCCAUCACUAUUGGAUAUGUCCCUAGACCAACACUAGCUUCUGUAGACGAGGAAGCUGGCUUAUCACACGGUGGUCUAAGAAACUCAAGCGCAGCUUGGCAGCUGACUCGAGCUCGCCGCUUCCGUGUUCCAAAACCUCCAAUGCCGUCGCCUGAAGCAGUCGCACCGCCCAGUGCUUCCGCACCUCUUGCAAGAAAAGAUUUGGAUCAACGCGUUUCACGAUUCCUCGCAGAAUAAAUAGUACUUAGUUUGAAGUUGGUUUGAAGAUUUUCGUAAACA